AUGUCGGCCGUCUCUCGCAUGAAUGGCUUUCAGCUCACGCGACGACACGCAUACACGUGGUCGUUGUGGAAGCUGGACUACGCCACUGCAUUUGAAUCGCUGCUGGGCGAGGCUGGGGUCAACACUGUCGAGGCCAGGGCUGCCGUCGAGGCGUGGCGGGAGUGCGCUCGGCUCGUCCAUGACUUUUGGCGGGACAUUAGCGAGGUCAAGCAAGUCCAGCCGCUGUUCUACGCUUGGCUCUCGUGCGUGCUCCGCCGUGUGUUCGACGGCACGGCUGAGCAAGUGUCCACCGAGCAGUCGCUUCACGUCGAGGUCCCCGUGUACACCAACGAGGCGUGGGCGCAGCUUCCGCGCGAUGGGGCCACGGCCGACGACGAGAAGGACAAGCACGUGCCGCGCUGCGGGAAGGUGGACGUGGCGGUGAGUGCGGCGGGUGGCUCGGAGACGGUGGUCGUCAUCGAACUCAAGGCGCCGAGCGACCCAAAGUGGGAGGGCGGGCGGCGCUGCGCGGCCAAGGGGCAGGUCAUUGUGGAGGCGGCCGCAGCACUCGCGGCGCGGAGUGCAGACGCGUGUGGAGAGACGCCGAUGUUUGGGAUUCUCACGGACAUGCGGUUCCGGCUGAACGCCCUGGCGUUCUACCCAGCCUCGCCGUGCACGUGGGUGCGGCAAGGCGGCGACGAUCACGAGAACGAGGACACGGAUGGGUACCCGCCGUGGACGUUUGCCAUGACGGAGACUUCUACGGCAGUGGAUGGCAACAGCAGCGAGAGCUCCGCCGCGGGAUCAUCGGCAGACAACGCCGCCGAGGCGUGGGAUGGCGCCCGGGCCAAGCGGUCUGGCAUGGUUGCUCUCGUUGUGCUGGGCCUCGCCCUGUGCCCGGAUUGGGACGCGGACGGUGCUCGCAACCGCGUGGCUGACGUGGUGGCGGGCGAGGUGGAGAAGUUUGUGGAGAAAACCGAGGCAGUGCUCAGUCUGUCAGAGACGCCCGACCUGGAUGGAAGCGGACUCGGGGACGACGAGUCGUCUCGGGAUGGCAGCGGUGGUGGUGGCGCUGCUGAUGGCGACGCAAGCGACGCAGAUGGAGCCUCGGGUGGGGCACCCGACUCGGAGCGGGGCUCGAGCAAGGGCCGUGGGGUGGCUACAACCACCAUGGCUAUGGUCAACAUGGAAGCGGACAAGCCCGCGGAGAUCGUGGCGGAAGUCGAUGGGGAGACCGAGGUGGCGACCGUCGAGGUGGUGAUCGUGGAGGCGAUCGUGGCGGUGGCUAUGGCGAUCGUGGUGCAGGAGUUUGUGGCCAUGCAGCAGCGACUGGAGGACAUCAACCGGAGCUUGCUGACGGGUGAGUACGCGCGGCGGCCGCCGUCUUCACGAUCACCGUCGCCGCCGCCGCAGUACGACUCGUUCGGAAAGCGGACAAACACCCGCGAGAUCCGUCGCCGUUCCAAGCUCGAGACCGAGCGGGCAGAGCUUGUGGAGAGGAUGCGGCGGAACAACCCGCGGUGGCGGCCGCCACCGGGCUUGAGCGGUGGUGGGCGGCGCAACUAUGUGACCAAGGUCUAUUUCCCGGUUGACGAGUACCCUGACUUUAACUUUCUGGGCCACGUCAUCGGUCCGCGCGGCUCCUCGCUCAAGCAGCUCGAGGCGCGGACCAAGGCGCGGGUCCAGAUCCGCGGGCGCGGGUCCGAGAAGGACGGAAAGCGGGUGCUCUCGCAGGGCUCAACCGAGAAGCUCCACGCAGUCAUCACGGCUUCGACUGAGGAGGCAAUGCACGCCGCCAAGGCCGAGAUCGAGAAGCUGUGCAACGUCGUGCCCGAGGAGGAGAACGAGCACAAGCGGCAGCAGCUCAUGCUCCUGGCCCAGCUCAACGGCACCCUCACCGGCACCGAGUUCCGCAUUGGCCGUGCCAUCACCAUGCCCAAGUUCAAGGCCAUCGGCUUCAAGCCCAAGCUCCACGCCUCGGACGCACAGGUCUCGCUCGACAAAAAGCUGGCCCUCCUCGGCAUCGACGACAACCUCAUUUCCUCCUACAAGUCGUUCAUGACCAAGGUCGGCCUCGCGCCCAAGGAUCUCUCACCAGACCCUCCCGAGCGGCUAGCCGAGCUGGAGAAGCUCCGCGCCGAGGCCGCCGCUACUGCCGCCGCCGAGCGUGCCGCCCCGCCCAAGCCGGCUCCUGCACCUGCACCAGCCACCAACGACGACAAGCUUGCCGCCUUUCUCUCCACAAGGCCCAACAAGUCAUGGCUCUCGGAGCUCUUCGCCUCGUGGAUUUACCCACUUAUUGCUUUUGGCGUCAAGACGCCGCUUGAGCUCGAUCAUCUGCCUCCGCUUCCAGAGCAUGAGGCUGCUGCUCAUCACAUCAACUCGUUUGCUGCCGUGGUAGGCGACUCGGCCAAGCUCCUCACGCCGCCACCGGCAGAGUGCGACUCGGGCGGCCGAGGCGGUGCAGGUAGUGCGACUCGGCGCGUCCCGCUGCUGCGGUAUUUGAUCAAGGCCUUCCGCGGCAUCUUUCUGCUGCAGGCCGUUCCGCUCCUGUUUUCGAUUGCCUUUCGGGUGGCAACGCCUGUGGCGCUACAGAAGCUGCUGGCCACGAUCACCGAGCCCAACCCGAGUGCGGCGACGGCGUGGCGUGGCGUGGCGCUGGUGGCGCUUGUCUUUUGUCUCCGGGUCGGCAACACGGUGGCGCGCUCGCAGAACGGGCUGCUUGCCUAUCGGGCGGCGCGCGGACUCAAGUCUGUCCUCCGUGCCCUGGUCUUUGACAAGUCGUUCCGGCUCGCGUCGCGGGCACACCGGGCGUACACUACCGGCGAAAUCCUCAACAUCACCUCGUCCGACACCAACAAGCUGCGGUCGAUGGCGUGGGGGCUUAACGACCUCUGGUCGGCGCCGCUGCUCAUCACCGGCUACAUCUGCGUCCUGUACUGGAUGUUCGGGCCGGCGGUCUUUGCCGGCAUCGGCCUCCUCGCUGCCGUCGUCCCAGUCAACUACUACAUUUUCAAGAAGAACGAGCGGUUCUGGGACGUGCUCUCCAAGCGCGGCGACGAGCGCGUCCGCAUCAUUACCGACAUGCUCAACGGCAUCCGUGUCCUCAAGCUCUUUGCCUGGGAGCCCAUCUACGCGCGUAAGGUCAACGAGGUUCGCACGGUCCAGGUCGACAUUCUGCGUUCGGUCAAGAUCUACGAUGCCUUUGUCGAGGUCAUCUGGCUUGUCAUGCCUACGGCCAUGGCCCUCGUCACCAUCGCAGUGUACGUCUACUCGGGCAACCCGCUCUCGACCGCCUCCAUCUUUGCUGGCAUCUCGACCUUCCACUCGAUGACUCAUCCGAUGUUCAACCUCCCGUGGGCGUUCAUGCGCCUGGUCGAGGCCCGCAUCUCGCUUCGCCGCCUUGAGUCGUUCCUCUCCAUGCCGCACCUCGACGGGCUCGACGAGCCGAGCGCGUCCGGCCUCGCCUUUGGCGGCGCCAAGUUUGAGGCUGCCACCCUUCGCUGGGGCCACAUGGAGAAGCCGCCCGAGGAACGCGAGGCAGCCGAUGCCGAUGUGAGCACCUUGUGCUUGUCGUGCCGCCCAUGCGGCGCAUCGGGCCGAUCAGCGGCUGCCGAGUAUCAUAAGCUCGGCACCGCCGACGGCGAGUCGUCUGCCGCUGACGACGAGGCUACAGGCGGCCAAGCUGCCAGCGGCAGCUCCGACUUUGAGCUCUUGCGCAUCGACCUUGCCAUUCCGCCCGGCGCACUCGUCGCAGUCGUCGGGCCGGUUGGCGCGGGCAAGUCAUCGCUCCUCCACGCCCUGCUAGGCGAGAUGGAGCGCGUGGCGGGCUCUGUGGCGGUGGCAGGCUCGAUCGGGUAUGUGGCGCAGAACGCGUGGAUCCAGAACGCAACGUUGCGGGCGAACAUCCUGUUCGGUGCGCCGCCGGACACCGCGCGGUACGCGCAGGUUGUCGCAGCGUGCGCGCUCCAGCAGGACCUUGAGCUGCUCGGCGGCGACUUGCUGGAGAUCGGCGAGAAGGGCAUCAAUUUGUCGGGCGGCCAGCGACAGCGGGUGGCGCUGGCGCGUGCAGCAUACGCCGACAAGGAUGUGUACCUGCUCGACGACCCGCUGUCGGCGGUCGAUCCGUUUUGCGCUUCCAAGCUCUUCGACGAGUGCAUCACAGGACUGCUGCGGAACAAGACGAGGGUCCUUGUCACCCAUUACCUGCACCUGCUCCCGCGAGUCGAUUACGUGGUGUGCAUGGAUGGCGGACGGGUGGUCCAGCAGGGAACGUAUGACGAGCUCAUGGCGCAGCCAUCGGGCGCGUUUGCCGAGCUCGUUGCGCGGCACCAGCACGCGGCCGAGGAGGCGGCGUCGGCGGGCGGGCUCACGCCUGUUGCGGCGCCGAUCCCGUCGCCAUCGGGCGGGCUCACGCUUGCUAUUCCGGCAGCGACGCUUGACCACACCUUGGUCUCAUCGCGCUGGUCGUCGGCCGGGCGGACGCCGUCGCCGGUGGCGCGCGACAUGCACCUGCCACCAAGCGACUCGAGCGGUGUCUCACCACUGCUUGCAGCGCAUGCCACAGUCCACCCGCGGAUGGCCUUUCCGUCGCGCGACGAUGGCCUCGUCUCUUGCUCGGGCUCAGGCUCGGGAUCGGCUCUCGGGUUUGCGGCUGCGACAGCCUCGCCUGCCGAGCGCAACGCGGCGUUUGGCGCCGAAGCGAGCGGAAGCUCCGGCCGGCAGCUCGUGGAGGACGAGGACCGGGUGACCGGCUCGAUCUCAUGGCGGGUGUACAAGCGGUACCUGUCGGCGGCCGGGUGGCUCAUCAUUCUUGCUGCGCUCGGCCUCGCCUUUGUCUCGGUCUUUCUCUCGGUCGCCUCCGACUGGUGGCUGGGUGUGUGGUCGGACGAUCCGGACGGCUCGAUCGGGUUCUACCUGCGGGUGUACGGGGCAUUGGCAGUGGGCCAGGCUGUGUUGUACCUGCUUGCCAACCUUGCGUACAUGAAGCAGUGCGUGGCGGCGGCGACGAUGUUCCACGACACGGCGCUGAGCGCGGCGCUCGACUCGUCGCUGGCGUUCUUUGAGAAGACGCCGUCGGGGCGGAUCAUCAACCGGUUUGGGUUCGACGUGGACCAGGUCGACGGCGAGCUCAACUGGCGAAUCCGCGAGAUUGCGUUCAUGUUUCCGGUCAUGGCGCUUGUCAUGGUCCUUGUGCUCGUGGUGACACCAGCUGCGUUUGCAGUCUCGCUCGUCUCGCUCGUCCCGCUCUACUACAUCCAGCGGAUCCACCGGUCGUCACUUCGCGAGCUCUCGCGGCUGCAGUCGCAGUCGUACUCGCCGAUCAACGCGCACAUUUCCGAGACGCUUCGCGGGCUGACGACGAUCCGGGCGUUUGGCCGUGGGCAAGCGUUCCGGGCCGCCAACCGGGCGCACAUCGACGUCAACAUGCAGACCUCGUACUACUCCAAGUACGCCGAUGUGUGGUGCGACAUCCGGCUGGAGAUGACCGGCUCAAUCGUCCUGGUCGUCACCUCGGUCCUCGGCCUGUUUUUCUUCAACUCGCACCCAACACUCACGGCGCUGGCCAUUAUCAACGCCGACCGGCUCAUCGGGACGCUCGGGUGGGGGAUCACAUGCUUCUCGUGGCUUGAGUCGGCCAUGGCCUCGGCCGAGCGGCUGACCUCGUUUGCUGACCUCGAACCUGAGCGUGAGACGGCACAUCGGGCGCCGGUGGCCGAGCCGGCCUGGGCGCGGUCGGGCGCCAUCGAGUACACCGAGGUGACGAUGCGGUACCGGCCGGGCCUCCCGCUCGCGCUCUCGCGGGUCUCGUUCUCGAUCAAGAGUGGCGAGAAAGUGGCAGUGGUGGGACGGUCGGGCUCGGGCAAGACCACGCUCAUCGGGGUGCUGUUCCGGCUCCUCAAUCUCGAGGCCGGCUCGAUCGCCAUCGGCGGCGAAGACAUAGCGUCGAUCCCACUGAGCGAGCUCCGGUCGGCGCUCUCGAUCAUUCCGCAGGAGUCGAUCGUGUUCUCGGGCACGCUCCGCGAGAACCUUGAUCCGCGGGAACGGUACACCGAUGCCGAGCUAUGGGAUGCGCUGCACGCCGUCGGGCUCGCAGCCAUGGUCGAGGGCAUGUCCAAUGGCCUGAGCACGGUCCUCCGCGAGAAUGCGUCGGGCUUCUCAGUCGGGCAGCUGCAGUUGGUCUGCCUCGCGCGAGCGCUGCUCAAGCAGGCGCGGGUGCUGGUGAUGGACGAGGCGACCGCGUCGUGCGACGCCGACACCGACGCCCAGAUUCAGGCGACGAUCCGGUCGUCACUCGCCGAUGCCACGGUCCUCUGUAUCGCGCACAGGCUCAACACCGUUGUCGACUACGACAAGGUCAUCGUCAUGGCCGCUGGCGAGCUCGCCGAGUUUGACUCGCCAGCCGCCCUCCUCGCCACUCCCGGCUCAAUUUUCGCCUCGAUGGUCGACGAGACCGGGCCCGAGACCGCCGCCCACCUUCGGCGGCUGGCCAACGAUGCCGCUGCCCGGCGCCUGGCGUCGGCUUACCUCCGGCCUUCGCUAGUUCGGAGUCUUAACGUGUUUGCGCAUGCGCCGCCUGCCUCUGCCGCCACGGUCUUUGCCCGUAGCUUCAGCAUGGCUACCCCCGCUUGUGACGCGGCGUACAAGUCCAAGGCCAACUCGCCGGCCAACGCUGUGCUCUCGGGCACGGCCGCAAACUGGGUUGACGCCCAGUACGCCGCCUGGCAGCUCGACCCAGAGUCGGUCGGGUCCGAGUGGGCAGAGUACUUUGCCCGCAUUGACUCUGGCGUCCACGCAUCCGACGCGUUCUCGCCCAAGCCCGUGGCUGGACCGGCGACGUCGGCGGGAGUGUCUGCCGGCGAGCUCGACCUGACGGUCAAGGUCAUGCUGCUGAUGCGUGCGUUCGAGGUGCGCGGGCACUCGCUGGCCAAGACGGAUCCCCUGGGUCUGGACGCCAACGAGACGCCGCCGGAGCUCUCUGUCGAGUACUACAACCUUUCGCCAGAGACGCGGUUCUCGCCGAACAUGCUCGGGCAGUACGGAGCAUUUCUGGGCGGGGAUGAGAUGUCGAUUGCCGAGCUUGUGGCCAAGCUCCGGUCGAUCUACUGCACAACGCUCGGGUUCGAGUACAUGCACAUCCAGUCGCGCGACGAGUGCGACUUUAUCCGCAACGUGAUCCAGAACCGCAGCGAGUCUGACGUGUUCAAGUUUAGCAAGGAGGACAAGGUGCGGCUGUUUGACCGGCUGACGUGGUCGGAAGGCUUUGAGACCUUCCUUGGGCGCAAGUUUGGCGUGGAGAAGCGGUUCGGGCUCGACGGGUGCGAGGCACUCAUUCCGGGCAUGAAGGAGCUCAUCGACGUUGCUGCGGCGCAGGGUGUGAAGGACAUUGUGAUGGGCAUGCCGCACCGCGGGCGGCUUAACGUGCUCGCCAACGUGGUGCGCAAGCCGAUGGAAAAGAUUUUCCGCGAGUUUGCGGGCGUGCCUGCAUCGUCAACGCUCAACAUGGGCUCUGGCGACGUCAAGUACCACCUCGGGGCGUCGUACACGCGGACGACCAAGAACGGCGAGGAGGUGCACAUUUCGCUGCUGCCGAACCCGUCGCACCUGGAGACGGUCAACACGGUGGUUCUGGGCAAGGUGCGGUCGAAGCAGCACGAGCGGCUGCAGAAGGACCGGUCGCGGGUCAUGCCUGUCCUGCUCCACGGUGACGCGGCGUUUGCCGGGCAGGGCUUGGUGUACGAGACGCUGCACCUCUCGGAGCUUCCCAACUACACUGUGGGUGGAUGCGUGCACAUCAUUGUCAACAACCAGGUCGGGUUUACCACGGAUCCGUCCGACGGGCGGUCGUCGCCGUACUGCACCGACGUGGCCAAGACGCUGGCCAUUCCGGUGGUGCACGUCAACGGCGACGAUCCAGAGGCUGUGGCGUCGUCGAUGCGGUUUGCGGCGCUGUGGCGGGCCAAGUACCAGCGCGACAUUGUCAUCGAUGUAGUGUGCUACCGGCGGUACGGGCACAACGAGGUGGACGAGCCGCGGUUCACGCAGCCGCUGAUGUAUGCGGCGAUUGCGCGGCACCCCACGGUGCUGACCUCGUACCGCAAGGCGCUGCAGGAGCAGGGCGUGCUCUCGGAGUCUGAGGCGCAGGCGAUCAUCGACAAGACGACGUCUGUGCUCGAGGAGCGGUACUCGGGCCUUGCCGGGGACGCGGCAGAAAAGGUGACACGGUCGUCGCUGCUCUCGCAGUCCAAGUCGUGGGGCCACCUCAAGUCUGCGGACGUGCUCUCGAUUGCCAAGAACACCAACGUCUCGCGCGAGGUCAUUGAUGAGGUGGCGCGUGCCAUUACGACUGCGCCGCCGGAGGGCUUCAACCUCCACCGGACGCUCAAGCGGAUCAUCGACGCCAAGAAGGCGAUGUUCGAGGACGAGGGCGCGAUCGACUGGGCGACGGCCGAGGCGCUCGCCUUUGGCUCGCUCCUCCUCGAGGGCACGCACGUCCGGCUCUCUGGGCAGGAUGUGGAGCGUGGGACGUUCUCGCACCGGCACGCGGUGUGGCACGACCAGAAGACCAACGAGCUCUUUGUGCCACUCAACUACAUCCGGCCAGACCAGUCUGCCGAGGACGACGUGGAGGAGCGGAUCUCGAUCGGCAACUCGCCGCUCGACGAGUAUGCGGUGAUGGGCUUUGAGCUCGGGUACGCCAUGGACUCACCGGACUCGCUUGUCCUGUGGGAGGCGCAGUUUGGCGACUUUGCCAACGGGGCGCAGGUCAUGAUCGACCAGUACCUCUCGUCGUGCGAGCAGAAGUGGCUCUACCAGCUCGGCCUUGUCCUUCUCCUCCCGCACGGGUACGACGGCAUGGGCCCUGAGCACUCGUCGGCGCGACUGGAGCGGUUCCUGCAGAUGUCGGACCAGGACCCGGACGUGCUGCCCAACGACGAGACGCUUGUGCAGGACCACAACUGGCAGGUGUGCAACAUCACGACGCCGGCCAACUACUUCCAUGCACUCCGGCGGCAGAUUCACCGCGAGUUCCGCAAGCCGCUCAUUGUCAUGUCGCCCAAGUCGCUGCUCCGGCUCGCCGAGGCCGCGUCGCCGAUCUCGGACUUUACCGAUGUCGACUCGUUCCAGAUGGUCCUCCCCGACGCCCGCGCCGCCGACGCCGCGCCGGCGCCCGAGAACAUUGAGCGCGUGGUCUUCUGCUCCGGCCAGGUCUACUACGACCUCGCCAAGGAGCGGGCCGACCGCGGCCACGACACGACUGCCAUUGUCCGCAUUGAGCAGCUCGCGCCGUUCCCGACCAACCACGUCGUCGAGCAGCUGAAGCUGUACCCCAACGCCAAGCCGGUGUGGGCCCAGGAGGAGCCGAAGAACAUGGGCGCCUUCUUCCAUGCCAAGCAGCACAUCGCGACGGCUCUCCGUGCCGCCAACCGCGCCGAUGAGAGCAUCAUCUAUGCUGGCCGCCCCGCUGCGGCCUCGCCGGCCACCGGCUGGAAGCACGUCCACAAGGCCGAGCUCCGCCAGCUCGUUGACGACACCUUUGAGCUUGACGGGGUGCGGACGGCUGCGCCGGCUACCGAGUAG